CCCUGUCACAGCCCUCCCACACCCACUGUGUGAAUCCGCACGUAAUCUCGCGAGAAGAGACUUGUGACGUCUGGAUUUGCUACCCAGUAGCAUUCUAGGAACUACACCUUAACGGCGCUGCGGGACUUUUAAACAGCGAUCAGGGUGCGGGGCUUUGUCAACAAUAUCGAGGCUGUCCCGGUUGGAGCGGAAUCAUUGGGCGAACUUGCUCACAUGGCCACAAAAAUGUUGAAAAGCAAGUUGGGGUCAAACUCUGGUGAUAUGGAAAAGCUAAAGAAAGAAAAUGAAACCUUAAAGAAAACACUGGAAGAAAUGUCUAAAUCAAAAGAAAAAUCUGAUGAACGAAGAAACAAGCUGUUGGAGGUAAAGGUUCUCUUACAAGAAAUACUUGAAUCUGAAACUUUGAGAGAGCACUAUAGCCAAGAAAUAGCUAAGAAGAGUGAGGAGAUUGACAGUCUAACAGAAGAACUAAGAUAUGGUAGAGAGGAGAAUGGUGCAUUUCAUGUAAUAGAUGCAGAACAAGUUGCUGAUGACAUCCAGAGCCAGCUAUCUGCUGUUCAAAAUCGUAUUAACUCCAUAACUAAUUAUUUACAGCAAGACUUGGAGGAUUCGAAAAAAGGGGAAGUUGCAAAUAAUUUAAAUCUGCUGGAGAGCCAAUUGAAAGACGCACUGGAGAAAAACCAGAAGUGGUUGGUGUAUGAUCAGCAGCGUGAAGAGUAUGUGAAGGGACUUAUGUGCCGAAUCUAUGAGCUGGAGCAACAGCUGGGAAAUGCUAACAAAACAAUCCAACAACAAGCAAAGGACACUCCAUCUGCAGCUAAGCAAGAUGAUGAGAAGCAGAAAUACUAUGAUAAACUUCUUUUAGCUGCAAAGAAAGACCUUGACAAUGAAAAAAAAAUUGCUUCCCAGUUAAGAGCUCACCUCGCUGCUAUGAAAGCAGAACGGGAUGAGGAAAGACAGUCCUAUAAAGAGAAAAAGCAGAAAUUAAGAGCUGAGCUUGAAGUAUCCAAACAAGAGACGGAAGAAGAAAAAAAGAGAACAAAAGAGCUCACUAACCAGAUCCAAGCUAUGAGCAUGUCACUGCUAAAGCAGCACCAACAACAGAACCAAAUUGCUUUACUGGAACAACAGAAAAAUACCAGCGAUAUCUGUAACAUAGUUCCAUCCUGGACCUUACACACUGACUUUGAAGAGAAACUGACCAUCCGAGCUCAGCACUCGCCCCCGCAUCGCAGAAGUCUGUUGGAUGAGAGUUUGCUGGAGUGUCCCAAUUGUAAAGCGGUGUAUCCUGCCAGCCAGCACAGAGAACUGCUCGCUCACAUUGACUACUGCACUAGCUAAACACAGCCCAACCGCACUUCUGGACUUCUGCAUUGGAAAAACUGACUGCUUCAAAGCUUCAGGCUUUUGUAAUAACUUCUGAUUGGGUGGGGGGGAGGGGUCAGGAAGAAGCAUUGCAUGUUUAGUUUAUAUCUUCUUCUUUUUUUUUUUAUUACACACUCCACACUUUUAAUAUUCCUGAAUGUUUUAUCCCUUUUCUAAAUCCAUUGGAAUCUACAAUGCUCUGACUGUAUUUUUAUAGACAUGGUUGCACUUGGCCUUGCCUGAAACAGGUGGCAAGUUAGAAAGUAUAAUAAGCCAAAUGUUUUUACAGAUAUUACUUUGCUUUCUAUCCAGUUACUGUAUGAUUAUUAAUACAAAUUGUAUUUUAGAUUUAUAGAAGGAAACAUUAAAUUACUGGGAGUGCCAAUAUGGUACCACCUAGUUCAGACUUGGAGCUUUCAAAGGACAAAGUCUUCAAAAAGUUUGUGUGCGACACUUGCACCAAGCUUGAACUUACACAGGGAAUACAAAUGUACUUUGGGCUGGUGCUCUGUUUGAAGGUUUACCUUUAUGUUAACUUUUAUUAUGUUGUGGAACAUCCUUUUCCUCUGCUCUGUGAGGCUAGAAUUAUUACUUGUCUCUCUAUUUAAGUCCUCUCCUAUUCAUAUUGCAAAAACAAAACAAAAAAAAAAUUGUCUCAGAAUUUUAAUAUCUGUGUUGAAGGUGAAGCACCCCUUAAAGAUUGGGAGUCUUGGCCUAGGGUUUUAGGUUAUAGCAAUAAGUCCCUGUGUGGGUGGUUACAAAUUGGCACCCACGUAAUGUUUCCUUCUUCUUUCAGGUGUUCGCUCUAAACUACUGACUAAAAUAUGCUGAGUGCUUACAGGCAUUUUGUGUACAUAAUACAUCAUAUUCAAUGUGGUAGUUACAAAGGAGUGGAAAGGCGCAAAUAGUCAGCGUAGCUAUUUAUUAAUAUUAUUUUACACCCAGCCAGUAGUUUUUGCUGGUGUAAUGCCUUUAGAAAGGUAAAAGUAAUUUCUAACUGGUUACUAGGGGCUUAUAGGACUGGGCCAAACUGAAUGGGGUCCCUGAUAGCAGCUGUUGCUUUGCGGUAUUAAUGGCUUGCAGCUGGCUUUCACAUACUUUCCCUAGGAAGCUGAAUUAUUGCCAUAAUGAACUUAAUAUAUAAAUAAAUUGUGUUUUAGUACUGUUUCCAUAUGCACUUUUACUUACCCUUUAAAUGAAAACUGAAUUGCUUAGGGCAUCUAGAUAUUUUUUUUUAUUAUUUUUGCGCUGGAUUUGUUAAGAACCAUUAAUAUAUUUUGACUUUUUAUUACAAAAUCUAAGUCUGUAUAUAAUAAAGUUAUAUUUAAUAAAAGCUGUAUCAUUU